AAAGCAGCGUCCUGUGCUAAAGGUACUGAUUAUGAUGAAUGGGAUUUGGAGAAAUUCUGUUUCCUGUCUAAGGAUAAGAAAGGUAUCACACAGAUACCAAAGUGGUUAUCACCCAGUUGCCCCUCUGGGAUCAAGGAUUUUAACUGACCCAGCCAAAGUUUUUGAACACAACAUGUGGGAUCAUAUGCAAUGGUCAAGAGAGGAAGAAGCAGCAGCCAGAAAAAAAGUGGAGGAAAACUCAGCAGUGCGAGUCCUUCCGGAAGAACAAGUUAAGUAUGAGAGUGAAGCUAAUAAAUAUUGGGACACAUUUUACAAGAUUCAUAAGAAUAAGUUUUUCAAGGAUCGCAACUGGCUGUUGAGGGAAUUUCCUGAAAUUCUUCCAGUUGAUCAGAAAACUGAAAAGAAGGCAAAAGAGUUAUCAUGGGAUCAUGUAAAAACUGAUGCUGCAAACUGUUUCUCAAGAAAGCACUGCCCUACUAUGCCUGAAGAAAAAAAUGAUUAUAAGAAAUGCUCUGGCUUGUCAGAUGGUCAAAGCAAAGAAGAAUCUGAUUUUUCCAACCCGGACACGGAAGAACACAGAAAAGGACCUCUGCAGACUGAGCUGUUUCCUGGUAGCAACGCCGCUUUCCGAAUCCUGGAGGUUGGCUGCGGUGCUGGAAACAGCGUUUUUCCAAUUCUGAACACUUUGCAGAAUGCUCCAGAGUCCUUUCUUUAUUGUUGUGAUUUUGCCUCCAGAGCUGUGGAGCUGGUAAAGUCGAAUCCGUCCUACAGAGCAGCCCAGUGUUGUGCCUUUGUUCAUGAUGUUUGUGACGACCGCUCAGCCUACCCUUUUCCAGAUGGGAUCCUGGACGUCAUUCUCCUUGUCUUCGUGCUCUCAUCUAUUCAUCCUGACAGGAUGCAAGGUGUUGUAAACCAGUUGUCCAAGUUACUGAAACCUGGAGGAAUGCUUUUCUUUCGGGAUUAUGGAAGAUACGAUAAGACUCAGCUUCGUUUUAAAAGGGGGCAUUGUUUAUCUGAAAACUUUUAUGUUCGAGGAGAUGGUACCAGAGCAUAUUUCUUCACGAAAGGGGAAGUCCACAGUAUGUUCUGCAAGGCUGGGUUAGAUGAGAAGCAAAAUCUGGUUGAUCGUCGCUUACAAGUUAAUAGGAAAAAACAAGUGAAAAUGCACCGAGUAUGGGUUCAAGGCAAAUUCCAGAAACCAUUACACUUGAGUCAAAAAAGCUCCAGAUUGGCAUUUCCACUCCUUUCUCAUAGCUGAACUCUGUACCACGUUAAGGUGCAAACCAGAGGACAACACUCUUCAAAGACUUCUAUAAAAUUUUCAUUUUUGAAAAGAUAAUCAGAAGAAGGAAAUUUAUAUAUUCUGCUCUUUUGUGUAUUUCAAGCACAUGUAAGUGGUUUGGAAGAGUGUACCAUAGUCUGUGUUUUCAAAAUUUAAUAUGAGCAAGCUUGUUUGGCUUUAUGAUGUCUGACUAUUUUGUUUGUUGCUUGAAUUUUAUAAGUAUUCAAUUAAAUUACUGUCACAAGUCAGAUGAUUCUGAGAAGCCAUAACCUUUCAUUUUUCAGAAUUGGAGAAAAUCACCUUCUCUAUUUAUAUAUUAGUCAAACAUAUUUUUUAAAUAUAAUUUU